CGGCUGGCAGCGCGCUAAAAAUAACACACAUUUCAUGGUGUUGCGGACAGUCAACAUGGCCGGAACUCGCGCAGCAACGAACGUCUUUGCGCACUGCCGCAACGUGGUUCGGCAAAGCAGUCGGGAGCACUAUUUGACGACAAUGCUGCUUCCCCGCACUGCCGAGAAUGCUGUGUUUGCCGUGCGUGCCUUUAACGCACAAAUCUCCCGCGUCAGGGAUGAGGCACGGGAGCCAGGCGCAGUGAAGAUGCGGUUCUUAUUCUGGAACGACGUUGUGAAUGGCCUCAAGGGUCAAACGACCAACCCGACUUCGGCGCUGGUGGCCCAUCCCGUGGCGAAAGCACUGGAUAUCACCGCAACACAGCACAACCUGACCGUCUCCUUCCUCAAGCAGCUUGUUCGCGCCAGGGAGGCACACUCAGACGACAGCCCCUUUCAAACCAUGAAGGACGCUGAGAACUACGCUGAACACACGUGCUCCAGCCUCUACUAUUUAACCUUGGAGUGCAUGGGCAUCCGUGACCAGCACGCAGACCACGUUGCUUCCCAUAUCGGGCGAGCAGAAGGAUUGGUGACGCUGUUGCGAGGUCUCCCUCACAUGGCAUCACAGGGCAAGUUGCGGUUGCCACUGGACGUGUGUGCCAAGCACGGGGUUGUGCAGCAAGACGUGCUGCGAGGCAACAUCACGCCCGCAGUACAGGAUGCUGUCCACGCCAUUGCCAGCGAGGCUGUGCUCCACCUCAACACGGCUCGCUCCAUGAUGGACCAGAUCCCACAGCACGCCCGCACCUGCUUCCUACCCUCGGUCUGCCUCAACCUCUAUCUUAACCAACUCCUUGCUGUCGACUUUGACCCCAUGCAUCCAACCCUCCUCAAACCACAGGGGCUCCUCCCACUGCGCUUGCUCUGGGCUAGGUUCCGCAACUCAUACCCGUAGGCUCUCAUCCCUCUGUGUGUGUGUGUGUGUGUGUGUGUGUGUGUGUGUGUGUGUGUGUGUGUGUGUGUGUGUGUGUGUGUGUGCUGCAAUUUUCUCCCCUUUGGAUGCAAUUCUUGGGCUUGGUUUCUCUGAGACUUGCUUGUGUGUUCAGGGGAGGAACUACAGCAGCACGCAAGCAAGCACACAACGUGAAGAGGGAAACACAGCGACAAAACCGCACACAACUACACGCACAUGCACAGCC